AUGUCCCCUUCCCUGCUUCCUUGCAUCCCCUUCCCUGCUUCUCCCCGUCCCCUUACCUGCUUCCCCCCCUCCUCUUCCCUGCUUCCCCUCAUUCCCUUCUCUGCUUCCCCUCAUCCCCUUCCCUGCUUUCCCCCUUCCCCUUCCCUGCUUUUCCCCAUCCCAUUCCCUGCAUUCCCCCAUCCCCUUCCCUGCUUCCCCCCAUCCCCUUCCCUGCUUCCCCCCAUUCCCAAGCCCUGCUUCCCCCCAUCCCCUUCCCUGCUUUCCCCCAUCCCCUUCCCUGCUUUCCCCCCUCCCCUUCCCUGCUUUCCCCCUUCCCCUUACCUGCAUCCCCCCAUUCCCAAUCCAUCCUUCCCCAUGUCCCCUUCCCUGCUCCCCCCAAUCCCCUUCCCUGCUUCCCCCCAUCCCAUUCCCUGCUUUCCCCCAUCCCCUUCUCUUCUUCCCCCCAUCCCCUGCCCUGCUUUACCCCAUACCCUCCGCACUAUCUCCAGGUGUUGUCCUCAUCCUUCAAAACAACCUGCUUCCCCACCCAUCCCACUGCUGUGCACUGUCCUUCCUGCCAUGCUCAUACCCUUGCUCUCCACUCACUCCCUUGUUCUCCCUCGCCCCACUCCCCACCCCUCCAGCUGCACAAAAGCAGAUCUACGACUGGAUCCGCCACGCCGCGGUGCAGGAGCAGUCUCAGCCUCCUCUCGAGACUGCCUUCAGCAAUACCCCUUGCCCCAUACCCUCUGCCGACCUCAGCUGUUGCCGCCGUCCCUGCGUUACCCCAGGCCUACAGUCCGGACAGUGAACGCGUUGCGGCACGAGGCGUACCGCACCGCUGAGGAGCUCGCGUUCAACUUGAGCGUGCAGAUUUGUCUUCCCAAGCAUGGUGGCGAUGCUCACGGUAACGACGAGGGGAAUACCCAGGAGCACACCGCGGGUUCGCAGGCAGGGGUUAUCGCGCUCCCUGGCGCGGCUGUAUUCCCGGUUCGCGGUGGUACUCAGUACGGGACCGAGGAGCACCCGGGUUCGAGGCCUGACCGCGAUGGAGAGGAUGGUGGUGAGGUUACUGCGGGUAAGGAGGGAGAACGCGAUCACACGGGCAAGCCUGAAAUGUCAACCGCGGUGGUUUAUCGUCGGGGUGGCGGUAGGGUCGGGGUCGUGGACGAGGUCGAGGUUCGGGGGGGGGUUGCGAGGGGCAACCACGACGUGGGUGUGGAGAUGGACGAGUCGGAGGAGGAGGAGGCGGAUGCUAACGCGGUCGCGGCUGUGGGUGCCGACAGGUCCACCACCUCCGGUAAAAGCAUCAGGCGACUCGCAGCUCAUUUGGCCCCCGCGGCCAGGAGCGCGGGCCCAUCAGGUGAGGUUGGGGGCAAGAUUCCUGUGCGCGGAGCGCGGGAUUUCAACUCGCUGGCCGCGAUCCCAUCGAGGAAGCUGGCGGCCGAGAUUCUGCAACUCGACUGCCAGCUGCAGUCACAGGCGCAACUGAUUGGCCAGCUGAAGAAGCGCCUGGAGUCUCGCGGGGGCGGUGACGAGCCACCUACCAACGACGAGAUCGUGUCCCUCCUUGAGAAGGCGCAGCGGCAAUCGGUGAACGCGGCUCUGAUUUUAGAGAUGGAGUCAAAGUCGCUCGCGGUAGAAAGGGCGGCCCUUCGCGACCAGAGGAACCAGGAGGAGUUGAUCCUGGGUCGCAUUGACGCGAGGCUGGCAAGGAUGGAGGGGGUGGUGACCGACUCGAUGGAAGGGGUGCAGAAGAAGCUGACCGACGAGGUUGGGCGGAAGAUCGACAACAUGUCGUCCGUGGUUGCCGCCACUUCAGAGCGCGCCAUCACCACUAGCGGGGUGACCAACGCCCUGAACACGCUAAUCGCCCUUGUUUCCGGGGGUGCGCUGCCUCGCGCGGACACGGAAGAACCGCUCGCGACGGAGACGGCGGAACCCGGUCUCGCCGGAAAGGGCAAAGGUAAGGUGGAGGAGGUGGAGCCGGCCGUAACGGGUAAGGCCAAAGGGAAGCCUGAGGUGCAGCACUCGGAGGCGGUUGCCAAGCACACCGCGAUCUUACCCGCCCCUGCUGCUGCUGCUGCUGCUGCUGCUGCUGCUGCUGCUGCUGCUGCUGCUGCUGCUGCUGCUGCUGCUGCUGCUGCUGCCACUGGACAGCUUGUCCCCACCGCGAGCGCAGCGGCACUGCCGAGUGCGUCCGCGGUCGAACCGAAGACGGAGAAAUGCGGCCGGGGUUGCAAGAAGCAGCCGCCUCCACCAGUAGAGGUGUUCGACGACGACGAUGAGGACGAUGAGCUGGAGGAUAUCGUGAUGUCAUGGGUUGGGCCGUCGGACCAGACAGGAGAAACGGGUGGCGAGACUGCGGUUGAGGUGUUCGGUGGUGGAGCCUCCGCGGGGAAACUGGGGGCGUGA